GUGGACUGUAGUUUACUCAGCAGCACUGGAAAACAAUGAAUCAACAGCAGGGCAGAGGUUAGUCACAGCCAGACUGCAGAUGUCCAGCAGGAUACAAUGGAUCUGCGUGCCAUCCUUAAAGCCAUGUUUUUCCUGAUCCUGAAUGGAGUGGGCAUCCCAGGUAAUUCCAUCAUUUUGGGAGUCUUCACUCACAUCGCAGUUACUGAGAGCAAACUCCUGCCAGCUGAUGUCCUUGUGGCCCACCUGUCCUUUGUCAAUCUACUUCUGACGCUCACCCAAGGGAUCCCUCAAACCUUUUCAGCUUUUGCCUAUAAAGGCUUCUAUGAUACUCCCACCUGUCAGUUCCUCAUCUUUACUUCAAGGGUCACCCGCGCUCUCUCCAUCUCUGUGACUUUCCUUCUCAGCAUUUACCAGUGCAUCACUAUUGCAGCUGCAUCUUCCCCUCUUUCCUGCCUCAAGCCAAAAUUGUCAGAGUGCCUCUGGCCUCUCCUCGCCUUCUUCUGGCUUCUUGAUGGUUCAACCACAUACGCAAGUAUUUUGUAUGGCAGCCAGAUUCAGAAUGUUACUAUACAGCAGUUUGCAAUUAAUUUGGGCUACUGUCUUGUGCAGUUUCCCAGUAAAGCUGCAUAUGUUUAUAAUGGCAUCAUGUAUCUCACACGGGACCUCCUCUUUGUAAUACUGAUGGCAGCAGCCAGCACCUAUAUUCUGGUAAUUCUGUACCAACACAGAAAAAGAGUCCGGGGUAUCCGCAGUCGUGACCGACUUCAUGGCACAUCAGCAGAAACUCGAGCAGCAAAAACCGUGGUCACCCUAGUCACACUCUACGUGAUCUUCUUUGGGGUGGACAAUAUGAUCUGGGUGUACACAUUGACAGAUUCUCAGGUGCCUGCCCUGCUCAAUGAUGUCAGGGUUUUGUUUUCCUCAUUAUAUGCUACGGUGUGUCCAGUGGUUGUGAUCAUUUCUAAUCGGAAAGUCAAUCGAGAGCUUCAGUGCAUAAAACCGGAGAAGCAAGUAUCCACGAGUGAGGUCACAGUCAGCAGCAUCAGUUAAAUGUCUCUUCUAAUGGAAAUAAAGCACACCUUGUCCCUCUGCUCAGUAAUUCAUAGCUACAUGCUAGCCAAAGCUUUCCGAUUCUCUCAAAAGCCACCUCAGCAUUCAGAAUAAUUUCUUAAAUAAAAAGCGGCUUAUUUGUUGAGGUGGCGUUUAACACAAGCAGUUCAUUUAGACAAAGUCCACAGUGCUAGGAUGGUUGGUUCAAUACUCCAAGCACAUGCGUUCUAGUCUCAGCCCAUGCAAUGUAUAUGUUGAGUUUGCUAAUUUUUCAAUAUUUUUGAAGGUUUUUUCUGAUAUUCUAAAAUCCCCAAAAUAUUUACAUUGGAUGAACUGGUAACACCAAAGUGUGUGUGUGUAAGUAACUAUGACCUGUGAUAGGCUGCUGCCACAGCCAUGGAUGAUUCCUACCUAAUGCUGGCACUAUUAACUAAGAUAACGAAUGGUGCUCAGGAGGAUCAUAAGUCAAACAUACAUUUAUUAACAAGACAGGGGCUGGGUGACCAGUUACACAAGAGCAGCGGUACUCUGUGGUGAAUGGGGUGCUCUUUCUUUCCUUUUCUUUCACAAUGCCUGUUGCUCUAAGCUUCAUUAAGUUAUAUUUUAUGUUAUCUGUUAAUAGGUGCAGAAAAAAAACUUAUUCAUGAAAAAGAUUUCAUAGACAGAUAUACAGAUAGAUUUGCAAUAUUUGUACAUACUACAUGAUCAAAACAAUUACUAAGUAACAUAUUACAUGAGUCUGGUUGAAUGUUAUGGCAUUUCUUUUUAAGUGUAUUAUAGUAGUGUAUCUAAUCAAUGGAGGUGUGUUAAGCAAAAAAGAAUAGAACUGAACAAAGAAUUAAAUAAAUUAAAUAAAGUAUUUGUAUGUAUUUGUGUAAAUUAAGACCUAUGUACAUUUGCACAAUGUUAUAAGCAUACACCUUAAAAUAAAAAGAAACACUAUAAGGCCAGCAGUACAGUA